AUGAACGUCAAUAUAAGCGUGGCGACAGCGGGAGAUCAUUCCAGCGUUCCUACAAAAGAAAACGCCAUAACUAUAUUAUCGAAAGCUUUGGUCAACAUCGAUUCCAACAAAUUCGCCUCCUUUUUUGCUCAUCCAGGAACACCCGACGUAGAAACUUUGAAACGCGUCGCGUAUUUAUUUCCGCAUCCCUAUUCAGAAAUGAUGGAAAACGUGGCUUUACAUAGAAACACAUUAGAAAAUAUGAUAAAGCACAAUGAAAUGAUAGACGCUCUCACUAGAACAACCGCUGCCGGAACGCUUUUCAAAGGUGGACUCAAAUACAACGUAGUACCCAAUUACGCGGAAGCCAACCUCAAUCUCCGCGUUCACCCCUUGCAAGAUCCAGAAGAAGUUUUAAAAUAUGUCGAUCAAAUAAUAAAUGACCAAAGGGUAAAAGUAGAUCUUAAUAACAUGGCUCCAAGAAGCCCCAUAUCUGAUUACGACACCGAUGCUUUCAGAAUAAUAGAAUGGAUAAUUCUAAAAAUGUUCAAUAACACUGUAGUUGUACCAGCGAUCUUAGCCGCUGGCACAGACUCCAAACAUUUUUCCAGAAUCGUCGAUAAUGUAUACAGAUUCUCCCCUCUGAAAAUGAAUAUGGAUGACAUACCGAGGGUACACGGUGUUAACGAAAGAACUUCCGUCGCGGAUUUUUACAAUUGCGUCUUGUUUUAUUACAAUAUGAUUGGAAAGAUUUCCGGUUUCAAGGAAGAAGGAAAAACGUUUUUAAAGGUGGCGGAUAAAAGCGUGAAAAUAAUUUCAAAGGAAGCGGAUAAAAAAGGGAAAAAAAUAAUCAAACCAAAAAUUAUAUUUUAA